GGCGGGCGCCGGACCCCCAGGCGGAGCGACAGGUCCAGGGGCCCCCAGGCGGAGCGGCGGGCGCCGGACCCCCAGGCGGAGCGACAGGUCUCGGGCCCCCAGACGGAGCGGCGGGCACCGGACCCCCCACGCGGAGCGACAGGUCUUGGGCCCCCAGGCGGAGCGGCGGGCGCCGGACCCCCAGGCGGAGCGACAGGUACCGAGUCACCAGGCACGACAGUGGGCUCCGAGUCAACUGGCAUGACCGCUGGCACUGGGUCAGACAUUGGAUCGUCUGGCUGGACAGCGGGCAUCGGAUCACCAGGCAUCAGGUCAUUUGGCUCGACAGCGGGCACCGCGUCAUCUGGCAAGGCAGUGGGCUCCAAGUCAACUGGCAUGACCGCAGGCACUGGGUCAGACAUUGGAUCGUCUGGCUGGACAGCGGGCAUCGGGUCACCAGGCAUCAGGUCAUUUGGCUCGACAGCGGGCACCGCGUCAUCUGGCAAGGCAGUGGGCACCAAGUCA